AUGCGCAUAUGUUUUGCAGAGGACGUGGGAGAUGAAGGAGAAGAGGAAAAAGAAUUCAUUUCUUACAGUAUCAGCACGGACAUUCAUUAUGGAAUAAAAUCGAACAGCCUGGCGUUCAUUAAGCGCACACCAGUGAUUGAUGCCGACAAACCAGUGUCUUCCCAGCUGAGGGUGCUCACUCUCAGUGAAGAUUCUCCGUAUGAAACAUUGCACUCUUUCAUUAGCAAUGCUGUUUCUCCCUUUUUCAAGUCCUAUAUCAGAGAAUCUGGCAAAGCAGACAGGGAUGGAGAUAAGAUGGCGCCUUCAGUUGAGAAAAAGAUUGCAGAACUUGAAAUGGGCCUCUUGCAUCUGCAGCAGAAUAUUGAAAUUCCAGAAAUCAGUCUGCCAAUUCAUGCAACCAUUACCAAUGUUGCCAAGCAAUGUUAUGAACGUGGAGAAAAACCAAAGGUUACAGAUUUUGGCGAGAAGGCUGAGGAUCCAUUAUUUCUCAAUCAGCUACAAUCUGGAGUCAACCGCUGGAUUAGAGAGAUACAAAAGGUGACCAAACUAGAUCGAGAUCCUGCGUCGGGCACUGCCUUACAGGAAAUAAGCUUCUGGUUAAAUUUGGAACGGGCUCUGUACCGCAUUCAGGAAAAACGUGAAAGUCCAGAAGUUCUUCUGACUCUGGAUAUUCUAAAACAUGGCAAACGUUUUCAUGCAACUGUCAGCUUUGAUACAGACACAGGUCUAAAACAGGCUCUGGAAACUGUGAAUGACUAUAAUCCCCUGAUGAAAGACUUUCCACUGAAUGACUUGCUGUCUGCUACUGAGCUGGACAAAAUAAGGCAGGCCCUUGUUGCAAUAUUUACCCAUUUGAGAAAAAUCAGAAACACAAAAUACCCAAUCCAAAGGGCAUUGCGUUUAGUGGAGGCUAUUUCAAGAGACCUGAGCUCUCAGCUACUGAAAGUAUUGGGAACCAGAAAACUAAUGCAUGUUGCCUAUGAAGAGUUUGAAAAGGUAAUGAUUGCAUGCUUUGAAGUUUUCCAAACCUGGGAUGAUGAAUAUGAGAAGCUACAAGUUCUGCUGAGAGAUAUUGUGAAAAGAAAAAGGGAAGAGAACCUGAAGAUGGUGUGGCGUAUCAAUCCUGCUCACAGGAAACUCCAAGGUCGUCUUGACCAAAUGAGGAAAUUCAGGCGUCAGCAUGAGCAGCUGAGGGCAGUUAUUGUGAGAGUCUUGCGACCCCAGGUAACUGCUGUUGCCCAGCAAAAUCAAGGAGAGGUACCUGAACCACAGGAUAUGAAAGUGGCAGAAGUCCUGUUUGAUGCCGCAGAUGCCAAUGCAAUUGAAGAAGUCAAUCUUGCUUAUGAGAAUGUUAAGGAAGUAGAUGGAUUAGAUGUUUCCAAAGAAGGUACAGAAGCCUGGGAGGCAGCAAUGAAGCGAUAUGAUGAAAGAAUUGAUAGAGUUGAAACAAGAAUAACUGCCCGUCUGAGAGACCAGCUUGGUACAGCAAAGAAUGCCAAUGAAAUGUUCAGAAUUUUCUCUCGGUUUAAUGCCUUGUUUGUCAGACCUCACAUUCGCGGUGCCAUUCGUGAAUAUCAAACACAGUUGAUCCAGCGUGUAAAGGAUGAUAUUGAGUCUCUUCAUGACAAAUUUAAAGUACAAUACCCACAGAGUCAAGCUUGUAAAAUGAGUCAUGUUCGUGACUUGCCUCCUGUGUCUGGGUCUAUAAUUUGGGCAAAACAGAUUGACAGACAGCUCACCGCUUAUAUGAAACGUGUUGAGGAUGUCCUUGGCAAAGGCUGGGAGAACCAUGUAGAAGGCCAGAAGCUAAAGCAGGAUGGAGAUAGCUUUCGCAUGAAGCUCAACACUCAGGAGAUCUUUGAUGACUGGGCAAGAAAAGUUCAGCAACGCAAUCUUGGUGUGUCUGGUCGUAUUUUCACCAUUGAAAGCACUCGCGUUAGAGGUCGAAGUGGAAACGUCCUGAAACUGAAAGUCAACUUCCUCCCAGAAAUAAUUACGCUCUCAAAAGAAGUCCGAAACCUGAAAUGGCUUGGUUUCCGUGUUCCACUAGCAAUUGUCAACAAAGCUCACCAAGCAAACCAGCUCUAUCCAUUUGCUAUUUCUCUCAUUGAAAGUGUAAAAGCUUUGAUUGCAGAAGGAAUUGCACUCGUGUGGGAAUCAUACAAACUUGAUCCGUAUGUACAGCGCUUAGCUGAGACUGUCUUCAGUUUCCAGGAGAAGGUGGAUGAUUUGCUCAUUAUUGAAGAGAAAAUAGACCUGGAAGUGAGAUCGUUGGAAACGUGCAUGUAUGAUCACAAGACUUUCUCUGAAAUCUUGAACAGGGUUCAGAAAGCUGUGGAUGACUUAAAUCUUCAUUCAUACUCAAAUUUGCCAAUCUGGGUCAAUAAGUUGGAUAUGGAGAUUGAAAGAAUCCUGGGUGUUCGUUUGCAAGCUGGACUGAGAGCCUGGACCCAAGUUCUUCUUGGACAAGCAGAUGACAAAGCAGAAGUUGACAUGGAUACAGAUGCUCCUCAAGUGAGCCAUAAGCCUGGUGGAGAACCCAAGAUCAAAAACAUUGUACAUGAGCUAAGAAUAACCAACCAGGUGAUAUACUUGAAUCCACCAAUUGAAGAGUGUAGAUACAAACUUUAUCAAGAAAUGUUUUCUUGGAAAAUGGUAAUCCUGUCACUACCAAGAAUUCAAAGUCAGAGAUAUCAGGUUGGAGUGCAUUACGAGCUGUCUGAGGAAGAGAAAUUCUAUCGUAAUGCUUUGACAAGGAUGCCUGAUGGCCCUGCAGCUCUGGAAGAGUCGUACUCUGCUGUCGUGGGAAUUGUGACUGAAGUGGAGCAGUAUGUCAAGGUUUGGCUGCAGUACCAGUGUCUGUGGGAUAUGCAGGCUGAAAAUAUAUACAACCGUCUUGGAGAAGACCUGAAUAAGUGGCAAGCCCUUCUAGUUCAGAUAAGAAAGGCAAGAGGAACAUUUGACAAUGCAGAAACCAGAAAGGAAUUUGGACCUGUUGUCAUAGACUAUGGCAAGGUACAAUCAAAGGUGAACUUGAAGUAUGACUCCUGGCACAAGGAAGUGCUCAGCAAAUUUGGCCAAAUGCUUGGUCAGAAUAUGACAGAGUUUCAUUCACAAAUUUCUAAGUCCCGUCAAGAACUGGAGCAGCAUUCAGUGGACACUGCCAGCACAUCAGAUGCAGUGACUUUCAUCACUUACGUGCAGUCCCUGAAACGUAAAAUCAAGCAGUUUGAAAAGCAAGUUGAGCUUUAUCGCAAUGGUCAGCGCUUGCUUGAGAAACAAAGGUUCCAGUUUCCAUCCUCUUGGCUGUACAUUGACAACAUUGAAGGAGAAUGGGGUGCCUUUAAUGACAUCAUGCGUAGAAAAGAUUCUGCCAUUCAACAACAAGUAGCAAAUUUGCAGAUGAAGAUAGUUCAAGAGGAUCGUGCAGUGGAGAGCCGAACAACCGACUUGCUAACAGACUGGGAGAAAACAAAGCCUGUAACAGGAAACCUGCGUCCAGAAGAGGCUCUUCAAGCUCUUACCAUUUACGAAGGAAAAUUCGGUAGGCUGAAGGAUGAUCGCGAGAAGUGUGCGAAGGCCAAGGAAGCUCUGGAACUAACAGAUACAGGACUACUCAGUGGCAGUGAAGAGCGUGUCCAGGUAGCCCUUGAAGAGUUGCAGGAUCUCAAAGGCGUCUGGUCUGAACUCUCUAAGGUCUGGGAACAGAUUGAUCAAAUGAAAGAACAACCCUGGGUUUCAGUACAGCCUCGCAAGCUUCGACAAAACUUAGAUGGUCUGCUGAACCAACUGAAAAACUUCCCUGCCCGCUUGCGACAGUAUGCCUCCUAUGAGUAUGUUCAGAGACUUCUGAAGGGCUACAUGAAGAUAAACAUGUUAGUUAUUGAACUGAAAUCGGAGGCUCUUAAAGAUCGUCACUGGAAACAGCUGAUGAAAAGGCUUCAUGUUAACUGGGUUGUCUCAGAAUUGACGCUGGGUCAGAUCUGGGAUGUGGAUUUACAGAGAAAUGAAGCAAUCGUCAAGGAUGUACUGCUUGUGGCUCAGGGAGAGAUGGCUUUGGAGGAGUUCUUGAAACAGAUAAGAGAAGUGUGGAACACUUACGAACUGGACUUGGUCAAUUACCAGAACAAAUGUCGUUUGAUUCGUGGAUGGGAUGACCUUUUCAACAAAGUAAAAGAGCACAUAAACAGUGUGUCUGCUAUGAAGCUAUCACCGUACUACAAGGUGUUUGAGGAAGAUGCCCUUAGCUGGGAAGAUAAGCUGAACCGUAUCAUGGCACUGUUUGAUGUCUGGAUAGAUGUCCAAAGGCGAUGGGUCUACCUCGAGGGUAUCUUUACUGGCAGUGCAGACAUCAAGCACUUGCUGCCUGUGGAGACCCAGCGGUUCCAGAGCAUCAGCACUGAAUUUUUGGCACUCAUGAAGAAGGUGUCCAAAUCUCCACUUGUGAUGGAUGUUCUUAACAUUCAAGGUGUGCAAAGGUCGUUAGAGAGACUGGCAGACUUGCUUGGGAAGAGAAAGAAGGCACUGGGAGAAUACUUGGAAAGGGAGAGGGUCUCUUUCCGGAAUUGGUUUUAUUUUGUUGGUGAUGAAGACUUGCUUGAAAUCAUUGGAAACAGCAAAAAUGUUGCUAAGCUGCAGAAACACUUCAAGAAGAUGUUUGCUGGUGUUUCUAGCAUUAUUCUCAAUGAAGACAAUUCUGUGGUUCUUGGGAUAUCCUCACGUGAAGGAGAGGAGGUGCUGUUCAAAACACCUGUUUCCAUCACAGAACAUCCCAAGAUCAAUGAGUGGCUCACUCUCGUUGAGAAAGAAAUGAGAGUGACCCUUGCUAAAUUGCUCGCAGAAUCGGUUACUGAAGUAGAAAUCUUUGGAAAAGCAACUUCGAUUGAUCCAGCAGUCUACAUUUCUUGGAUUGACAAAUACCAGGCUCAGCUUGUUGUCCUGUCAGCCCAGAUUGCAUGGUCUGAGAAUGUCGAGUCAGCCCUCAGUGGUGUGGGUGGAGCUGGAGACAGCAGUUCUAUCCACGCAGUGCUAGCUAAUGUUGAGGUCACACUCAAUGUCCUGGCAGACUCUGUGCUGAUGGAGCAGCCACCUCUUCGCAGAAGGAAACUGGAGCACUUGAUCACGGAGUUGGUGCACCAGAGAGAUGUUACAAGAUCACUGAUCAAAAGCAAGAUCGACAACUCCAAAUCCUUUGAAUGGCUCAGCCAAAUGCGAUUCUACUUCGACCCAAAGCAGACAGAUGUGUUGCAGCAGCUCUCCAUUCAGAUGGCAAAUGCCAAAUUCAACUAUGGUUUUGAGUACCUUGGUGUUCAGGAUAAACUGGUACAGACUCCUCUUACUGACCGCUGUUACUUGACGAUGACGCAAGCCCUGGAGGCAAGACUUGGAGGAUCACCGUUUGGUCCUGCUGGUACUGGGAAAACAGAGUCUGUUAAGGCUCUCGGACAUCAGCUUGGCCGCUUUGUGUUGGUUUUCAACUGUGAUGAAACAUUUGACUUCCAGGCAAUGGGACGCAUCUUUGUGGGACUUUGCCAAGUGGGUGCGUGGGGCUGCUUUGAUGAGUUCAACAGACUGGAGGAGCGUAUGCUCUCUGCUGUUUCACAGCAAGUUCAGUGCAUUCAGGAAGCCUUGCGAGAGCAUUCCAACCCCAACUAUGACAAGACUGCAACACCUAUUACUUGUGAGCUGCUGAACAAACAAGUCAAAGUGAGCCCUGACAUGGCUAUCUUCAUCACCAUGAAUCCUGGCUAUGCAGGCAGAUCAAAUCUGCCUGACAAUUUGAAGAAGUUGUUCCGUAGCUUGGCAAUGACAAAACCAGACCGUCAGUUGAUUGCCCAGGUCAUGUUGUACUCCCAAGGUUUCCGUACGGCUGAAGUGCUUGCCAAUAAGAUAGUACCGUUCUUCAAGCUUUGUGAUGAACAGCUGUCCUCCCAAAGUCACUAUGAUUUUGGCUUGAGAGCACUGAAAAGUGUGCUGGUUAGUGCAGGUAAUGUGAAGAGGGAGAGGAUUCAGAAGAUAAAGCGGGAGAAAGAAGAGCGUGGUGAAGUUGUGGAUGAGGGAGAAAUCGCUGAGAAUUUGCCAGAACAAGAGAUCCUGAUCCAAAGUGUAUGUGAAACUAUGGUACCAAAACUGGUUGCAGAAGACAUUCCUUUGCUGUUCAGUCUGCUUUCUGAUGUAUUCCCUGGAGUACAGUAUCAUCGCGGGGAGAUGACAGCCUUGAGAGAGGAGCUUAAGAAAGUGUGUCAGGAAAUGUACCUUACUUACGGUGAUGGAGAAGAAGUUGGUGGCAUGUGGGUUGAAAAGGUUCUUCAGCUGUAUCAGAUUACACAAAUAAAUCAUGGAUUGAUGAUGGUCGGUCCCUCUGGAAGUGGAAAGAGCAUGGCCUGGAGAGUACUUCUGAAAGCCCUCGAGCGGCUGGAGGGCGUGGAAGGUGUUGCUCAUAUUAUAGAUCCAAAAGCAAUCAGCAAAGAUCACCUCUAUGGUACUUUGGAUCCAAACACCAGAGAAUGGACAGAUGGCUUGUUUACACAUGUCCUGAGAAAAAUCAUAGACAACGUGAGAGGUGAAUUACAGAAACGUCAGUGGAUUAUCUUUGAUGGUGAUGUAGACCCUGAAUGGGUUGAGAAUCUAAACUCUGUUUUGGAUGACAACAAACUACUGACUCUGCCAAAUGGAGAACGUCUCAGCCUCCCACCAAAUGUGCGUAUCAUGUUUGAGGUACAGGAUCUGAAAUAUGCCACUUUGGCUACUGUGUCAAGGUGUGGCAUGGUCUGGUUCAGUGAGGAUGUUCUCAGUACAGACAUGAUAUUCAAUAACUUCCUGGCCAGACUAAGAAGCAUUCCUCUGGAUGAAGGUGAGGAGGAAGCUCAGCGAAGGCGGAAGGGCAAAGAAGAUGAAGGAGAAGAAGCAGCAUCACCAAUGUUGCAGAUUCAGAGAGAUGCUGCAACAAUAAUGCAGCCAUAUUUCACAUCUAAUGGCCUGGUAACUAAAGCACUUGAACAUGCUUUCAAGCUGGAGCAUAUUAUGGAUCUCACCCGCUUGCGCUGCCUUGGUUCUCUGUUCUCCAUGUUGCAUCAAGCUUGCCGCAACGUAGCCCAGUACAAUGCCAAUCAUCCAGACUUUCCCAUGCAGAUAGAUCAACUCGAGCGUUACAUCCAGAGGUACCUGGUCUAUGCAAUACUCUGGUCUCUUUCUGGAGACAGUCGUUUGAAAAUGAGAGCAGAGCUGGGAGAAUACAUUAGGAGAAUCACCACUGUGCCACUGCCAACUGCACCCAACAUACCUAUAAUUGAUUAUGAGGUGUCCAUUACAGGUGAAUGGGUGCCAUGGCAAUCCAAGGUUCCUCAAAUUGAGGUUGAAACACACAAAGUUGCAGCUCCUGAUGUUGUAGUACCAACCCUAGAUACAGUUCGCCACGAAGCAUUGCUGUAUACUUGGCUGGCAGAACACAAACCUCUAGUACUGUGUGGCCCACCAGGUUCUGGAAAGACCAUGACGCUUUUUAGUGCUCUCAGAGCUCUGCCUGACAUGGAGGUGGUUGGACUCAACUUUUCUAGUGCUACUACUCCAGAACUGCUUUUGAAGACUUUUGAUCACUACUGCGAGUACAGGCGUACACCUAAUGGAGUGGUGCUUGCUCCUGUGCAGUUAGGAAAGUGGCUGGUGCUGUUCUGUGAUGAAAUUAACUUGCCAGAUAUGGAUAAGUAUGGCACACAGAGAGUUAUAUCCUUCAUUAGACAGAUGGUGGAACAUGGAGGUUUCUAUCGUACAUCAGACCAGACAUGGGUGAAACUGGAGCGAAUUCAGUUUGUUGGUGCAUGUAAUCCACCUACCGAUCCUGGAAGAAAACCUCUCUCACAUAGAUUUUUACGACACGUUCCUGUGGUUUAUGUGGACUAUCCUGGACCAGCUUCACUGACUCAGAUAUAUGGAACAUUCAAUCGUGCAAUGCUAAGGCUGAUCCCGUCACUUCGCACAUAUGCAGAGCCUCUCACUGCUGCUAUGGUAGAAUUCUACACAAUGUCUCAGGAGAGAUUCACUCAAGACACACAGCCACACUACAUCUAUUCACCUCGUGAAAUGACUCGAUGGGUGAGAGGUAUAUUCGAAGCAUUAAGGCCACUAGAAACCUUACCAGUUGAAGGCCUUAUCAGGAUUUGGGCCCAUGAAGCCUUACGUCUCUUCCAAGACAGACUUGUAGAAGAUGAGGAGAGACGCUGGACUGAUGAGAACAUUGAUAUGGUUGCUCUGAAACACUUCCCCAAUAUCGACAAAGAGAAAGCUAUGAGCAGACCUAUCUUAUACAGCAACUGGCUGUCAAAGGAUUAUAUUCCAGUGGAUCAAGAGGAAUUAAGAGACUACGUGAAAGCUAGGCUUAAAGUCUUUUAUGAAGAAGAACUUGAUGUACCACUUGUUCUGUUCAAUGAAGUCUUGGAUCAUGUGUUAAGAAUUGACCGAAUCUUCCGUCAGCCACAGGGCCACUUGCUGCUUAUUGGAGUCAGUGGAGCAGGAAAAACAACCCUCUCAAGAUUUGUUGCCUGGAUGAACGGUUUGAGCGUCUACCAAAUUAAGGUUCACAGAAAAUACACAGGUGAAGAUUUUGAUGAAGACCUUAGGACAGUGUUGAGACGUUCUGGCUGUAAAAAUGAAAAAAUAGCUUUUAUAAUGGAUGAGUCAAAUGUGUUGGAUUCUGGAUUCCUGGAGAGAAUGAACACACUCCUAGCCAAUGGAGAGGUUCCUGGUCUCUUUGAAGGAGAUGAAUAUGCCACCCUCAUGACUCAGUGUAAAGAAGGAGCACAGAAAGAAGGUUUAAUGUUAGAUUCACAUGAAGAACUCUACAAAUGGUUCACCAGCCAAGUUAUUCGCAAUCUCCAUGUUGUGUUCACUAUGAAUCCAUCUUCUGAGGGCCUGAAGGACAGGGCAGCUACCUCUCCUGCGCUCUUCAACAGGUGUGUCUUGAACUGGUUUGGAGACUGGUCAACUGAGGCACUGUACCAAGUUGGCAAAGAGUUCACAAGCAAAAUGGAUCUUGAGAAACCAAAUUAUAUUGUGCCCGAUUACAUGCCAGUUGUGUAUGACAAGCUACCACAGCCACCAUCGCACAGGGAAGCUAUUGUUAACAGUUGUGUGUUUGUUCAUCAGACUCUCCACCAGGCUAAUGCUCGACUGGCAAAACGAGGAGGCAGAACAAUGGCAAUCACACCACGCCACUAUUUGGACUUCAUCAACCAUUAUGCAAACUUGUUCAAUGAGAAACGAAGUGAGCUGGAGGAACAGCAAAUGCAUUUGAAUGUUGGCCUUAGAAAAAUCAAGGAAACAGUUGAUCAGGUGGAAGAAUUGCGGCGUGACCUAAGAAUAAAGAGUCAGGAACUGGAAGUGAAACCCUGCAGAGCAAGUACUAGAAGAAGUUCAGCUUCUAAAAAGCAGUAUUUUAUCUGUGCGACUUCCUCCUAGGUCAUGAGCCAGGAGAUUCAGGAACAGCUGCACAAGCAGCAGGAGGUCAUUGCAGACAAGCAGAUGAGCGUGAAGGAAGAUCUCGACAAGGUGGAGCCUGCUGUCAUUGAAGCUCAGAACGCUGUGAAGUCAAUAAAGAAACAGCAUCUGGUAGAGGUCCGUUCUAUGGCUAAUCCGCCUGCAGCAGUGAAGCUGGCGCUGGAGUCCAUCUGCCUACUGCUAGGUGAAAGUACAACUGACUGGAAACAAAUACGUUCCAUUAUCAUGAGAGAGAACUUCAUUCCAACCAUUGUUAACUUCUCUGCUGAGGAAAUCAGUGAUGCUAUCCGGGAGAAGAUGAAGAAAAACUACCUGUCAAAUCCAAGUUACAACUACGAAAUUGUAAACAGAGCAUCAUUGGCCUGUGGGCCUAUGGUGAAAUGGGCAAUUGCACAGCUUAACUAUGCUGAUAUGUUGAAAAGAGUGGAACCUCUACGCAAUGAACUGCAGAAGCUGGAGGAUGAUGCCAAAGACAACCAGCAGAAAGCAAAUGAAGUGGAGCAGAUGAUUCGUGAUCUUGAGGCCAGUAUUGCCCGUUACAAAGAAGAAUAUGCAGUACUGAUUUCGGAGGCUCAAGCUAUUAAGGCAGAUUUGGCUGCUGUAGAAGCAAAAGUAAACCGUAGCACAGCUCUUCUGAAGAGUCUUUCUGCUGAACGUGAAAGAUGGGAGAAGACAAGUGAAACUUUCAAGAACCAGAUGUCCACUAUUGCAGGAGACUGCUUACUUUCAGGAGCUUUUAUUGCCUAUGCUGGCUACUUUGAUCAGCAGAUGCGUCAGAAUCUAUUCACUACGUGGUCUCACCAUUUGCAGCAAGCAAAUAUCCAGUUCCGUACAGACAUUGCAAGGACAGAGUACCUGUCCAACGCAGAUGAGCGGCUUCGCUGGCAAGCAAGUUCUCUCCCUGCAGACGACCUGUGCACUGAGAAUGCAAUCAUGCUUAAGCGGUUUAAUAGGUAUCCGUUGAUCAUCGAUCCCUCCGGGCAAGCUACAGAGUUUAUUAUGAAUGAAUAUAAAGACCGUAAGAUAACUCGUACUAGUUUCUUGGAUGAUGCUUUCAGGAAGAACUUGGAAAGUGCCUUGAGAUUUGGUAACCCACUUCUGGUCCAGGAUGUGGAGAGCUAUGAUCCAGUUCUGAAUCCUGUUCUGAAUCGUGAAGUCCGGAGAACUGGAGGCAGAGUUCUGAUUACUCUGGGAGACCAAGAUAUUGAUUUGUCACCAUCCUUCGUUAUCUUCCUCUCCACCAGAGAUCCAACAGUUGAAUUCCCACCAGACCUCUGCUCUCGUGUUACGUUUGUGAACUUUACAGUAACUCGCAGCAGCUUACAGAGCCAAUGUCUGAAUGAAGUCCUGAAAGCUGAAAGACCAGAUGUUGAUGAAAAACGCUCUGACCUCCUCAAGCUUCAGGGUGAAUUUCAGCUGCGCUUGCGUCAGUUAGAAAAAUCCCUACUGCAAGCGCUUAAUGAAGUAAAGGGACGUAUCCUGGAUGAUGACACCAUCAUUACUACUCUUGAGAACCUGAAGAGGGAAGCAGCAGAGGUCACUAGAAAAGUAGAAGAGACUGAUAUUGUCAUGCAAGAAGUGGAGACUGUUUCUCAGCAGUACUUGCCACUUUCUACAGCAUGCAGCAGUAUCUACUUUACUAUGGAGUCGCUGAAACAGAUACAUUUCCUGUACCAGUACUCUCUCCAGUUUUUCUUGGACAUCUACCACAAUGUCUUAUAUGAGAACCCAAAUCUGAAGGGAAUUACAGACCAUACUCAGCGUCUCUCAAUCAUCACAAAGGAUCUCUUUCAGGUGGCUUUCAACAGAGUCGCACGUGGCAUGCUGCAUCAAGAUCAUAUAACAUUUGCUAUGUUGCUGGCCCGGAUUAAACUGAAAGGCACUAUUGGGGAGCCUACAUAUGAUGCAGAAUUCCAGCAUUUCUUGAGAGGGAAGGAGAUUGUACUAAACACUGCAUCUCUCCCAAAAAUCAAUGGUUUGACUGUAGAGCAAACAGAAGCAAUGAUGAGGCUGAGCUGCCUUCCUGCAUUUAAGGACCUUGUUUCAAAAGUUCAGGCUGAUGAGCAAUUCUGUAUCUGGCUGGAUAGCAGUUCACCAGAGCAGACUGUACCAUACCUUUGGACUGAAGAAAAACCUGCAACUCCUAUCGGACAGGCCAUUCAUCGCUUGCUUCUGAUCCAGGCCUUCCGUCCAGAUCGUUUGUUGGCAAUGGCACAUGCCUUUGUUUCAACAAAUCUUGGAGAGUCUUUCAUGUCCAUUAUGGAGCAGCCUUUAGAUCUGACGCACAUCGUAGACACAGAGCUGAAGCCUAAUACCCCUGUGCUGAUGUGUUCAGUGCCUGGUUAUGAUGCCAGUGGUCAUGUUGAAGACCUUGCAGCAGAGCAGAAUACACAGAUUACUUCUAUUGCUAUUGGUUCUGCUGAAGGGUUUAACCAAGCAGAUAAAGCAAUAAACACAGCAGUGAAAUCUGGAAGAUGGGUAAUGCUGAAGAAUGUUCACCUGGCUCCUGGGUGGCUCAUGCAACUGGAAAAGAAGCUACAUUCCUUACAACCCCAUGCUUGCUUCAGACUCUUCCUUACCAUGGAGAUUAAUCCAAAGGUGCCAGUGAAUUUGUUACGUGCUGGCCGAAUCUUCGUGUUUGAACCUCCUCCUGGUGUAAAGGCAAACAUGCUGAGGACUUUCAGUAGCAUUCCAGUUUCUAGAAUGUGUAAGUCACCAAACGAGCGUGCUCGAUUGUAUUUCCUCCUUGCCUGGUUCCAUGCCAUUAUCCAAGAGCGCUUGCGCUAUGCUCCAUUGGGUUGGUCCAAGAAGUAUGAAUUCGGAGAAUCUGAUCUGAGAUCUGCCUGUGACACGGUGGAUACAUGGUUGGAUGAUACAGCGAAGGGUCGCCAAAACAUUUCACCUGAUAAAAUCCCCUGGUCUGCAUUAAAGACACUGAUGGCACAGUCUAUCUAUGGAGGUCGCAUCGAUAAUGAAUUUGAUCAACGCUUGUUAAACACUUUCUUGGAACGUCUGUUCACUACUUUAAGUUUUGAUAGUGAAUUCAAACUGGCUUGCAAAGUUGAUGGACACAAAGAUAUUCAGAUGCCAGAUGGAAUCAGGCGUGAAGAAUUUGUCCAGUGGGUUGAGAUGCUGCCAGAUACACAGACGCCGUCCUGGCUGGGCCUGCCAAAUAAUGCAGAGAAAGUUCUUCUCACCACACAAGGCAUAGAUAUGAUCAGUAAAAUGCUGAAAAUGCAGAUGCUAGAGGAUGAGGAUGAUCUAGCUUAUGCAGAAACUGAGAAGAAGACAAGAACUGAUUCUACAUCCGAUGGUCGCCCAGCCUGGAUGAGGACGCUGCAUACCACAGCCUCUAACUGGCUUCACCUUAUCCCACAGACUCUAAACCAUCUGAAGCGGACUGUGGAAAACAUUAAGGAUCCUUUGUUCCGGUUCUUUGAGAGAGAGGUGAAAAUGGGAGCUAAGCUGCUUCAGGAUGUUCGUCAGGACCUCGCAGAUGUGGUUCAAGUGUGUGAAGGAAAAAAGAAACAAACCAACUACUUGCGUACACUUAUAAAUGAGCUGGUGAAAGGUAUUUUGCCUCGUAGCUGGUCCCAUUACACAGUGCCAGCUGGUAUGACUGUUAUUCAGUGGGUGUCUGACUUCAGUGAACGCAUUAAACAACUGCAGAACAUUUCCCAGGCAGCUGCUUCUGGUGGAGCAAAAGAACUAAAGAACAUCCAUGUGUGCCUUGGUGGCCUGUUUGUGCCAGAGGCAUAUAUUACUGCUACAAGACAAUAUGUUGCCCAAGCAAACAGCUGGUCCCUUGAAGAACUCUGUCUUGAGGUCAAUGUUACAACUACACAGAAUGCAGUACUGGAUGCCUGCAGUUUUGGAGUCACAGGCCUGAAGCUUCAGGGAGCUACAUGCAGUAACAACAAGCUGUCGCUGUCGAAUGCUAUUUCAACUGUAUUGCCCAUUACACAGCUUCGCUGGAUCAAGCAGACAAAUGCUGAUAAAAAAGCAAAUGUUGUUACUUUACCGGUUUAUCUGAACUUCACUCGUGCUGAUCUGAUUUUCACAGUUGACUUCGAAAUAGCUACCAAGGAAGACCCUCGUAGCUUCUAUGAACGUGGCGUUGCGGUUCUCUGCACUGAGUGAAAAGAUUCGUUUUGACUAGUUAAAGCUGUAGUAAUUGUCAGUCUUCUAUGUGUAGUAUUCACCUGUACUUUUGUAACCUGGUUGGUGAGGUAGUCAGAUGGAUUUGUGUUAAGCAGAAAGAAAUGGGGCAGGGCUUUGGACAGCUGAUAGGCUAGAUGUCUUCGAAGGAAAAGUGGAUGAGAUUUUUAGACGGUUAUUGAUAGAUGUGAUAUUUGAUGGAACAUGUUAUAUGAAAUAAAAUCCAUAGCAAAA